GAGCCCGGCUAGGGUCGGAACGCGCCGAUGCGUGCCUAGUCCAAAAUUCCAAAUCAGGCCGGGAUUUUCGAAAGACGACAGCCCCUCUCCCGGCGGUGAUGCGACCGGCGGCGGCGCUGAGCCUACCUGCCAGACACCAGAGAGCACGCUAGGCAAGGGCGGCCUAGCGAUGCCUUUGGUCGCCGCCGCCAGACUGAAGCGGGAGGACUGCCCCCGCACCAAACACGACUCCCUCUUCUCCCCGUGGAAGGUUCUUGUCGGGCCGUCGGACUGGGAGGACCACUCCGCCGGCAAGGAGGGGGUCCAGAGGUAUCACACACGCAACCUCCCGGACAACUUCCCUGGCCUCUACGAGCUGGGCGUUGCAAGGCCUUCCUAUGAUGGUGUCAGGGCUCGCAGAAAUCGAUCAGUUGUCGUCGUGGUGGUGUACCUCGGGCAGGCCGAUAAUGUCAGGGCGAGGCUCCAGCAGUACGGACGGACAGGGUCACACCUGGACGCCGGGAAUCCAUUGGCUACUGUCGGUAAAGCUGAGGUGAACACGUUCACGGCAGGACCUGGAUUGUUCAGGGAAGUCUUCUCCAGAGGUUACUCCGUGAUGUUUCGAUGUGCGCUGAUGGGUUCCAAAAAAGCAGCUGAGAAGACUGAAGCUCAGCUACUGGGAGUAUUUGAUUAUGCAUGGAACAAACUUCAGAAUGGUGCGUGCCGUCGCGAAGAAAUACUGCUCAAGUUAGAACAGGGAAGCCAUAGAUUAUCUUUGCUUGGCAGAGUUCGGCACUUAAAACAGAGGGUGUUUGGAGAGAAAGCAGGUAUAAAGAUUAACAGUACUGGGUCUGUUGAGAUUUCAUCUGGCAGUAUGAAAAAUAUGCUUCCAAGAGUCCGCACGUUUGUCGGCUUCAGACCUCGUUUAGUUAACUCUGGUGACGAUUUGAACGAGGCAAUUGAUAUUCACCGGAAAUGCACACCUCAGGCCAAUACUGCUGGUAAUAAACAAGCACAUAGAAGGUCUGAAGGAUACAAGGUGAAAAAGGUCGAUGUUAUUGAACGGCGAACUGCGCCGAUAAGAGAAGCCGAAGCUGUUUGUGGAGUAAUGCUAGAAGAUGGUUCUUCUUGUCUGGAGGACCCAUUGGAAGGAAGGAAGAGGUGUGAGUUGCACAAAGGUAGAAGAGUCAGAGUCGCAUACAGUCACAAAGUAUCUUCUUCUAGCUCCACUUGCCCAGUUGCUAUUCCAACUGUUGAAUCUAUACCUCAACAAACUGCUAAUCCAAGCAAACCUGAUCAAGCAUGGCAAACCAGUGCAGACCAGUCCAAAAAUCUGUCGACAAAUGCUAAAGAACCAUCACUGCAAAGGAGCAGCUUGGAAGCAAAGGAGAUGAAAAUCGGAGAAGCUCCUACAGAAGAUGAAGCAUAUGGAACCUCCCAUGCAGAAUCUCAGUUCCACCAAGAUGAGCCUGUUGGAAGAAAGUGGUUUGAGCUGCUCAAAGCACAGAAAUCAGCCAGCGCACCAUCGUUGAGAGGCCAAGGAUGUCAGACAAGAGAAGCAAACGACAACGCAUCAGCCAUAUGUGGAGCAGUGACAGAUAAUGGGUACUGCAAACUGGCACCAGUGGCAGGAAGGGAAAGAUGCGAGGAGCACAGAGGAAUUGAGGUCACUGGUGCUUCAUCGGCACCAUGUUCCGGAAGGUCGGGAUGGCCAUCUGUCUGUGGAGCUCGAGCAUCCGAUGGUUCACCUUGCAAGAAUCAGCCAAUCGCGGGGAGGAAGAGAUGUGCGUUGCACAAAGGUCAAAGAGCGUGCUGCGCCUCCACGCCAUCCGUCAAAUAAAAACAUUGCCCCAUUGAUCCUGUUGUGUGUUGUAAUAGCAUUUCUGAUACAGAUUUUGAAGUUGCUGUUUAUUCAAUUUUACAAGGUGUUGAUUUGUUGUUCGUGUUGUAAACAACAUUGUUGAUGAUAGAUCAUAGGAAAGUGUAACACAAAUUGUUGAUGAAAUUUUGGGAGAGCUAUGGACGUAUGGAUAAUUGGAUUUGCUGAUGGAAUGUUGGAGAACAAUUUGAUUUUG